AGUUCACUUUCGUUUGUCGAGCCAUUUAGACGCACCCGCCUCUUGGCCAAGAAGCACCAAGCCGCCUCAGUGCACAACCAAAAUCAGUUUGCCACCAAACAGUUGUUGUUUAACAUUCGAGAAGCUUAAAACGAUUUAAACUCGGUGCCCAAACUAAACGAAAUAAAGGAACAACAACGACACCGCCAAAUGAAGGUCUAUCAAAGAAAAAAACGCUUUUAAUGCUCACAUCGUGUCGUUCGAUCCUCCUCCGUUUAUCUCUUGUGGCCAGAUCAUUUUGAACUCUGCGCGCAGAGAGCAGCGCAUGCUGGCUGGCUGCUGUUACAAACAAGAGCUUCACUGCUCGCUUUGUGCGUGUUGAAAUAUUUAGCAUAUUUUUAUAAGCAUUGAAGACGCGCAGACGCAAUUCAUAAUCGUGCGAUCACACAGAUCGGUUGUCAGUUAGUUUUGAACGCGCGCCCGUUCCGUCCGUUGGAGUUCCGUACAAGGGAAACGCGCACAGUGCUCAAUGUUAAAAUACGCAGUCCGCAAGUGUACUUGAAAUCCGAAAGAAGCCCAAAAAUCGAAAAGAAGAAAAAAAAAACGAAAGUGAUUCUAGGCAAUGUUUUUUUAAAAAAAAAAGUAAAUAUAUAAAUUACAUAAGUGCAGUUGAGUAAUCGAAUACACGAAAAAUACAACAAGAAGUACAAAGGGCACAAAAGGGUCCAGUGUCGUAAUAAAACCAAUGAUUUGUGGCAAUAUCGAUUCCUCGACAAAGUGAAAGUUACCAAUCGGUCUGCCCGACCCGAGUGUCUUUUAUUGUUUUUAUUGUUGUGUCACUGUGAUCUUCAGUUUACAUACGUUUCAUGCAUAGGUGCAUACUGUGUUUUAUGAAAUUUGGUUCAUUUGCUUAACAAUAAAGAAAAUAAACGGUCCCUACACCUCCGAAAUUCAAAAAAAAAUACCUAUUCACACACACCCAGAGAAACCAAUAAAUAGUGACAAAAGCUCGAGAGAACAACAGCAACAAUAUCCAGAGAAAAGCUCACUUGCAUAAAAAUGCACGAAAUCAAGUUGGGCCCUUGGGCCUUUAUCUUACCACUGCUCCUGCUUCUAGGCCGUGUGUCUUGUCUGGAGGCAGCCAUCAGCAACGGUGAUGGCAGUGUUGAGACAAUGAGCCACAACAUCAGCCAACAAUUGAAUGCCAGUAAUCGUGACCUGCAGCCACUAAAUCUUCGUCUACACCCGGCCAAUUACUCAGCGAAUGCAUCGCCGCCUGCAGAUACAUCCUUGAAUACGGAACUCGAGUUAAAUCUCAGCGUACGCCUCAAGGAUAUGUUAAAUAUAUUCGAUCUGAGCUAUCUUGCUUCUCAGUGGAUUAAUGUACGAAGCGAUAUCUCAGCGAAUUGUUCCCAGGAUAUUUAUAAAUAUCUGAGGGGAUUACAGGAAGCCAAAAUAUGGGCCAUCAAAAUGGACGAUGCUUCCGGACAUUAUGCUUCGGGUUUCUUUUAUGGCAAUAACUAUUGGAUGGGUUCAAUGUCACUGUGUAAGGCAAUCUAUCAUGAAGAUGACGAUGCUGAUGAAGCGGCUCGCAGACAGGCGGCGAAAAAUUCCGGUUUACCCUUUGCCAAGGCCCAUACACAGGCAUACACCACCGUUUACAAUGAGAAUCCAUCAUUUGUGCCGGGAUUUUUUAUUAUCAAAAUGUUACUCAAUGAAACCUAUCCCACCAAUGUUAUUAGAACCAUAUACCUUGGAGUAUGUUUGCCAUCAACCUGCAGUAGCCAAGAUGUCAAAGAAAUUGCUCGCCGCGCUCAGCGUCCCAUCGAUUCGCAUGAAGUAGCAUUGCUGGAUGUUCGUGUACCCACAGACAAGGAAUUUAAUAUUUUCGAAGAUCGCACAUUCUGGAUUUUAAUCGUGGUUUCGACAGUUGUGGCUUGUCUGAUAUUUGCCGGUACUCUAUACGAAGUUUAUUUACGAAGACGUUUCCGUGAAGCUUUGCGUCGUCAGGACAAGGAAAUGAUGAACAACAGUGAAACAUCCUCGGGUAUAGGUUGUGCAGCUUCAGACUACAGUGAUUCUGUGACGAAUGAGUCCUUGAAAAAAGAAUCGCUCAAGGAUCUGAAUAUAGUUCUCAACCUACCACACACAGUCACUGAAUGUGGUCCGGUAACGAGUACAAGCACUUCGGAUGAACACUUAGAGGGACAUCUACAUGAGCCGGAAAAACUUAGUGUAUAUUCCGAGCUCUUGCUAUCGUUUUCGGCCAUAACAAAUUUCAAUGCCAUCUGUGAUCGUAAUGUAGGCGCCGACACCAUACCAUCCAUCCACGGCCUAAGAGCCUUUUCAAUGGCUUGGGUUAUUCUGGGCCAUACCUGCAUCGUAAUCUUCAAGUAUUCCGACAACAUGGAACUAAGAAAAGAUGUCGAAAAGAAUUUCUUCUUCCAGGCCAUAACCAAUGGGCCAUUCAGUGUGGAUACCUUUUUCUUUAUAAGUGGUUGUCUGGUGUCUUAUCUGUACUUCCGCUCAAAUGCUAAGGGCAAGCUGAAUAAACUUAUCAAAGGAACAAACGAAUUUACCAGAUGUACGGCACACUUUUUCGGUUUGGUUAUAUACCGCUUUAUGAGAUUGACCGCUCCAUAUAUGUUUGUUUUGGGUGUGGUUCAGGUGUCGAUGAAAUAUUUGGCUACCUAUUCGAUAUUUGAUCCUCCCACAAUGGAUCACGUCACAUGCCCCGAUUAUUGGUGGCGUAAUGCCCUCUACAUUAACACUCUUUUCCCCGUAGAGGAAAUGUGCAUGCUAUGGAGUUGGUAUUUGGCAAAUGACACCCAGUUUUACAUCAUCGGUGCUCUGAUACUUAUCGUGGGAGUUCGUCAUUUCAAAUUAUCGGCUGUGACUACAGGCGUCUUUUUGGUGCUGUCUUGGAUAACAACGGCCGUGAUUGCCUUCAGCAACAAUCACAGACCCGAUACCGAUGAUCCCUUGGCCUUGUUCGACAAGAUUUAUGACAAACCAUGGACUCGUUUGGGGCCAUAUUUGAUUGGCAUGGCAGUUGGCUGGAUUCUGUUCCGUACGAAUUGUAAGAUACGUUUAUCGAAAACCAAAGUGGCUAUUGGCUGGACCUUGGCGUCGCUGAAUCUAUUUGUUUUGGUGUUUGGUUUAUACCGCGCCGAGUUGUCACAGUUCACAGCAGCUCUUUACAGCUCAUUGAGUCACUCGGCAUGGGCUGUGUCAUUGGCUUGGAUAACCAUUGCCUGUUCAACGGGCUACGGAGGCUUUGUCAACACAUUGCUUUCGGCUCCUUGUCUAUAUCCAUUCUCCAGAGUUACAUAUUGUGCAUAUUUGGUGCACCCCAUUGUUAUACGUUCGAUGGCCCUCAACACUGAUUCACCCUUACAUUUGGGCGGUGACACUAUGGUAAUCAUGUUCUUUGGUUUCGUUGUCGCUUCCUAUUUGCUUUCAUUUGUGGUCUCGAUGUCAUUUGAAGCUCCAGUCGUUACAAUGCUCAAGAUUUUAUCGCCUAGUCGAAAAAAGCGUUUGGCGUAAGAGGUGCCACACUUUUCGCCGCCGCUAGGCCUCAGAGGCCAGAAGUACGCUUUCAAUUUGUUUUAUUAUCGUAAUGUUUAACUAUUAUUUUUAUGAUUAUGUACAUAUAUAGCUACUGAAUAUUUGUUAUUAUUUGUAAGGUUACUCAUACAUCCACAAUACAAACGAACUUCCUCUAUUUAUCAACAACGAAUCAUCAUCAUUCGCUCGCACAUUCUUGUCAUUCUACGAAGCUCCAAUCUAUUGUCACCCCAAAUAACAUCAACCCACUAAAAGUUCUACUCAAAUGAAUACAGCUCGAAAAUGAAUCGAAGGUAAUUCGAACUCAAAAUGAUAGCAGCCCUAGACCCUUUUGUCUGGUUGCAAAUCAUUUGACUAAAUUUUUGUAUGUACGUACCAUUGUUAAUCUAUUGUAAAUUAAGAAAAUAUUUUACUUCUCCCAUGGAAUUCAUUUCAAUUUCGUGUUCUUUUUUUAUUUCAAUUAUUUAACUUAUUUUUUUACUUCGCUUAUCUUUUCUCAAACAAACGACCAUCUAAAACUGUUAUAAUUUUAUUUUAAAUAUUAAGCACUAAAUUACUAGCAAGUAAUCGAUAUUCCUGCAAUUUUGUAAAAUACAACUCUGUCACAAAAUAUUUAAUAUUGUAUUGCAAUUAAAAGUUCAUAAUUUACGCAUCGAAUCUAGUGUACCAUUCUAUAAUAAAAACGAACAAAAAUCCCAAA